CAAACCUUUUGGUGAACAAGAACACUUUCCAGAUUCAUUUCUUUUUCCUCUUUAACCAUCGUAAUGAUGGGAAAGCCGGCACUCAUGACCUUGUCGAUAAUCGCACUCAUGGGCAUGCCCGCCUAUGCAGCGAUACUGGCCCCCUCAGCCACGGUCUCUGCCGCAAACCAUCACUACGGCGGCUGGAGCCCGCAACCAACGACUCCCCCAGGGGUUCUCGAGUUACGGCAAGCCCAGGCGGAUAUGUACGCUAUGGCACCGGACAGUAUAUGCGGAUGGGUAAACGGCAAUAGAAGUUCGGGAGUGUUUCCGGAAGAGUUGGCUGCUGUCCUACGACUGGAUGCCCGCGAUGGAGACCAACCAUUCUGCCACCCGGUAAACUACGUUGCGACAAACAGCUUCUUCGCCUUCACCUGUGGAUCGACGGCCUUUUCGAGAGGGCAGAAGACCGCGCUACUCCAGACGACGUUUGCGGGAGCCACGACGACGCGGAGCUACGGGCUCUUUGGCGCAACUGUCACUGGAACAGCCCCGGGGACCGGCGGCGGCGACGAAAAUGUUGAACCGAGCGCUGCACCGACGGAUGGGGAUGGUGAUGGUAACGGUGGAGGGGACGGAGGAGCAGGCGGUAGUGGAGACAACCAGAGCUCGACUCCCGUCGGUGCCAUCGUGGGCGGGGUUGUCGGCGGCAUUGCUGCCAUUGCCAUUGCCGCAGGGGCCGGGGCUUUCUUCUACCGAAGGAAGAAGAAGAGAAGCCAGGAAGCCGGAAGCCAGGAUAUUGGCAGCCAGGCUGCUCAGCCCGAGAACCCGGAUAUUCGAUCGCCCAAGUGGCCACUGUUGAACUCUGGACAGGCCGCCAAGAUACCAGAGUAUCCAGUCGAGAUGGACGCAACUGCUCCGGUCAGGCAGGUGCACGAACUGGGUGAUACUGGAUAUCCAACUAGUCCCCCUGCGGCCAGGCAGGUGCAUGAGUUGGGUUAAAGGGGCUGGGCCCUUGGAACGGGGAUGGAUGGGUUGUAUAUAUGUGCGUGCAAGUACUAGUACUCGCCUUGAUAUAGAUAAUGAGCUCACGUUCAUUUAAACAGUGAAAAGCAUUGAUAAUUAUUACCACUUGACCAUUCUCUGUACAACCCCAUGGCCGGAACAGUAACCAAAAGACGACACCAUUUGUGUGCUUUGCCACAGAGCCGCUCGGCCAAAUCCCAAAGACUUUCAUGCAUG